AAAACAAACUCAAAUGUCGGCUCAAGGCGAUGGCAGUGGCGGGGGCAGCGCCCCCCCAGCGGGCGGUACUAGCGGCGGCGCAAGCGGUAAUUCCUCCGCCGAAGGUGGUAGCGCAGGUGCCAGUGGCCAGGCCAGCGUCGUGGUGAGCAACGGUGGCGGCGGUGGAGAUGGUGGCGCCAACAGCAACAAGAGCCAGCUGCCGCUGACGCCCCGCUUCACCGCCGAGGAGAAGGAGGUGCUCUACACCCUGUUCCACCUGCACGAGGAGGUCAUCGACAUCAAGCACCGGAAAAAGCAGCGCAACAAGUACUCCGUCCGGGAAACCUGGGACAAGAUUGUCUGCGACUUCAACUCGCACCCGCAUGUCAGCGCCAUGCGCAAUGUCAAGCAGAUCCAGAAGUUCUGGCUCAACUCCAGACUCCGCAAGCAGUAUCCCUACCGAGACGGCGGCUCCACCAAUCUCAGCUCUGGCAGCACCAAAAUGGCCACCGUUUCCCUGUCCGUCUCAACAGCGGUGACCCAGCAGCAGCAGCAGCAUCACCAGCACGACAGCGUCAAGGUGGAGCCGGAGUACCAGAUCAGCCCCGACGCCUCCGAGCACAAUCCCCAGACGGACAACUUCGACGAGAUCGAGAUGGACGCCAACGAUGUGAGCGAGAUGGAUGAUGAUCCCAUAGAUCAACAGCAGCAGCAGCAGCAGGAGGCGCAGGCUCAGGCCCAGGCGCAGCAGCAGCAGCAACAGCAGCAGCAGCAAUCCGCUGCCGCCGCCGUCGAAAUGCAAAAGAUGCAGCAGGUGAGCGCUGCGGCGGCAGCUGUGGCGGCGGCAGCCAAUGCCAACAUGCUCAAUAACCACCAAAUCAACGUGGACCAGAUCAGCGCCGAGAAGCUCACCCUCAACGAUCUGCUGCACUUCAAGACGGCGCGUCCCCGGGAGGAGAUCAUUCUGCAGAUCAAGCAUCCCGCCGAGGCAACCGCCACCCAGAUCCACACGAUACCCUCCCAGGCGCAGCAGCACACGAUGGCCACCAUCACUGCCGGCGGCUACAACCAGCAGAUCAUCAGCGAGAUUAAGCCCCAGCAGAUCACGCUGGCUCAAUACCAGGCCCAGCAGCAGCAGCAGGCCCAAGCUCAAGCCCAGGCUCAGGCCCAGGCCCAGGCGCAGGCUCAGCAGCUUGCCCAGCAGCAGCUGGCGGCGGCUCAGCAGCAGCAACUGGCCGCCGCAGUGCAUCAUCAGCAGCAGCAGCAGGCAGCCGCCGCUGUGGUUGUCCAGCAGCAGCAACAAGCGGCCGCCGCCGCCCAGCAGCAGGCACAACAACAGGCGGCAGCAGCAGCGGCUGCUGUUAAGAUGCAACUUACCGCUGCCACGCCCACCUUUACAUUUAGCGCCCUGCCCACGGUAACGGCCACGGCGGCAACAACUGUGCCAACGGCCGUUUCCGUGCCGGUGGCCACGGCCUCGACUCCGGCCAGCACGGGAACGAUGAACUCCUCAACGGGCAGUGCCAACAACAACAACACCUCCUCGGUGAGCAACAACACCACCAGCAGUCUGGGAGGUAUCAACGGUACAAAUGCAACCUCGGCGGCAGCUGAUAACUUUGAGGAGCGGAUGAAUUACUUCAAGAUCCGGGAGGCCGAGCUGCGGUGCAAGGAGCAGCAGCUGGCCACGGAGGCCAAGCGAAUUGAGCUGAACAAGGCGCAGGAUGAGCUCAAGUAUAUGCGGGAGGUGCAUCGCUUAACGGUCGAGGAGCUGAAAAUGAAGAUACGCAUCCUGCAGAAGGAGGAGGAGCAGCUGCGCAAGUGCUCCAACUCAUGAGACCUGGAGGACAUUAGCGAUGUCGACGACGACGACGACGAGGAUGGCGACGAAGAGGAGGAGGAGGAGGAGACGGAUGCCUACUUGGACCGUUUCACCAUUGGGGGCUUCUAGUUCUUAUAGUCUUAGGUCUACAACUAAAUCGAAACACUAACUUUCCACAACCACACAUACAUCCUCUGUCCUGGUUCCCACAUCCCUCAUCCUUUAUCUCGAUUCCCUCUCCCAGUUUCCCUUCAUUUUUUUUUAUUUCUUUAGGUUCUUUUUUAGUUGUCGCAGGGUCAGGGGGCUGCGGUGGUUGUUUAAGCCGUCGCUGGUCAAGAUUACCGACUAAGCCAUCACUAAUUGUAAAUCGCAAAAAAUCAAUCACACACACAACACACACACACAAAAUACAGU